AUGCUACAUUCACCAAAGAAGAAUAAUAAGCCAAAUUCUUCUUCAUCAACUAGAAGAAGUUAUAAUAGUGCUAAAUUUUCAUCAUCAAUACAAUCGGAUAAAACAAUUAUUCCAAAACAGUGGUCGGAAGCAAAAGAAUUAUUGCAAUCACUUGAUACAACAAAUGUUAAUACAACAAAAUCUGUUGAGGAUAUUUUGGAGUCUUUAAACUCAAUUUCUUAUCCUGUUAGAGGAAUUGACACUGAAUUUUGUUUGGAUGUCGUUGUGAGAAUUGCUCAAUAUUUACAAUCGGCUGAAUCACAAGAUUUGCUAAUUUCGAAAUUAUGCCAAUUGAUUUCUACAUUGACAAUCAAACAAGAAUUUCAAUUUUCAGAAAAGAGGGGAGAGGAUUUAAUAUCUGUGUUUACACAAUUUAUUUCAUCAUCAUCUACAUGGUUAUUAGCUGAUUGUUUGAGGACAUUGAGUUUUAUUCUUUAUGAUAUGGCCUCCAAAUGCUCUUCUGAAACCUACAAGUCGAUUUUAACAGUUGUAAUACCACAAAUGAAGGUUUCUGUAUCGGACUUGGAAGUAAGGAAACAAUCUAUCAAUUGCCUUGUGAAUUUAUUCUCAAAACCAAACCCAGAAGUGUUAUCACCAUAUUGCAAGACAAUUUACUCUUCUACAUUGCAAAAUUUGGAAAUGCUUACAAAAGGAAUAGCAGUAGAAAAUGCCCAAAAAGUCCUUUACUCUUCUCUUAAAUUGCUUUCUGGUGUUAUUCAAACUGGUGACAAGAUUCAUUUGCCAGAUAUUGAAAAGAUAGUUUCUCACAUUUCGAAACUAAUGCUUUUUGGAACAAUAUUUUUCCCUGCUCAAUCUUCUACAAAUCCAAAGAAGGACUCAGGAUUUGCAUCAGAUUCAGAUUAUUCAGAUUCAGAUUCUCCACAUAUAAAUAGAGAUGCUGUAAAGAUUAGAAUAGCAGCACUCCAACUUAUCAACACAUUGGCUAAGAAGGAUUUCAAGUCGUUAUUCGCUCAGUGGAAGAUUUUAUUCUCAGACAAUGAUAGUACAAAUCAAAAUCCAAAAUCUAAGCAGACUUUAUCUACAGUUUUACUCUUUGAUCCAUCCUCAAAGGUUAGAUUAGCAGCAGCUCAAGCGUUAGCUUCAAUGCUGGAGAAUAGUGAACUUUACCUUGCUCAAGCAAGUGAAAUGAAGACAAAGUCUGCAUUUACAUCAUUUUCUCAAACUCUUGCAUCGAUAAUCAAAGAAUUACACUACACAUUAAUAUUAUCAAUCAAAAAAGAGUCUCUUCCUAUUCUUCCAGUUUCUAUCAGAACACUUUCUUUACUAAUCGAAAAUACUCCUUACAAUAAGAUGAAUUGUGAUAUUAUCCUUACAAACAUUUCAGAAAUUCUGGUUGGUCUUAUCAAUUCUUCACAAGUAGACAAGACAGUUCAAAAUCAAUCAUUUUUAUGUUUGGCUACAUUAUUUGGAACCAAGGAACCUCUAAGUGAGGUUGGUGCAAUUCUAAGGAACUCCAAGUUGAGUAUUAUUCCACUCUUGAUAGAAUAUUUAUCCGAAGAGUAUGUCUAUGUCAUAAGAACAGAAGCUGCACAAGUUUUGGCCAAUAUUGCCAAAAACUAUCCAGAUCUACUGUGGGAUAAUUGGAGGAUUAUUUUGAGAAAGAUUAGGAUUGGUUUGAAUCACAAUGACCAAACUCUUCGUCUUACAGUUAUUCAAAUUGUCAACAAUUUUACCUCACCGUUCAGUGAAUCAAAGAUACCUGCUGUUUCUUUCAAGAAACCAGUAGAAGGAUUUAACACACUCAAAAUUGAUGAAAGUGUAUGGGAGAGCAUAACUGAUAUGGUUCUUGCUCAUGCACUUCAAGAUUCUAAUCAGUCCAUCAGGUCUGCUGCUGUUUCAAUAUUUUCUAAUAUUGUUCCAUCUACCUUUGACUCUUUCGGAGAACAAUUGUCAGAAAAAAUUAUUUCCUUAGUAUUUUCAAGUAUGAAUGACGAAAAUGCAAAUGUUAAAUCAUCUGCAUGUCGUACCGUUGGAGUGUUUGUAUUGUUUGGAAAACUUCAAAACAAUUUACAAUUCAUGAGCAAGUCUCUCAAAUAUUUCCAGGAUAUGUUAAGCGAUUCAUCUCUUAAUGUAAGAAUUAGAGCUUCGUGGUCCUUUGCAAACCUAUGUGAUGCAUUGAGAUCCUCUGAUUUGAGAAGCAAUUUAGAGCUUGUCAUUCCUGUUCUAAUUUCUAGUUUAAGCUCAUGUCACGACAAUGAUAAGGUUCUUUGUAAUGCUGUAAGAGCGUUAGGUAAUAUUGCCAGCUUUGCUGACCGAGAGCUUUUGAACAACCACGUACAACAAGAAGGGGUAUCUUAUUUUGUUCGUACUUCCAAGGAAGGAAAAGGAGAGACUUCAACAAACCUAACUACUGUAGAACAAGUGUUACUUCAAACACUCUCAAGCGCUCUUAUUUCCAGCGGAUCUUCUGUUAAGUCAAGGUGGAAUACUUGCUAUGCUUUGGGCAAUUUGAUUGGCAACACAAACAUAGCCAUUCAAACAAUCGAUGAAAUUGUAAACAUGUUGUGUGAAAGGAUUUCUUCAGAUGAAAACUUCAAAGUGAGGAUUCAAGCAGUUCUAGCACUUUCUCUUUUAACAAAAGAUUACGGUAGUUCAAUGAACAAUUUUAGAGUAUGGCGUUGCUUGAUUGAUUCCAUCAACGAACUUUCGUCAGACAAUCCACCUGCUCAAUUCUCAGAGUACAAGUAUAUCAAGACACUCAAGAAGCAAAUAUUAAGCACACUAUCUAUCUUUGUAGAAAAUAUUAAUCUUGAAGCAUUUCUUAGAAGUGGAGUCAAUGUCCAAGAAUAUUUCAUUGAAACUGGUGAAGUAGUUGUUACUGCAUUCUCAGAAUGUGAGUGGGAGGAAUGCUAUCAAGAUACCAUCAAAAAGAUUAUUGCAGCAUUUGAUUUAUUAGAAUUGGAUACCGAAUCACAUGCCUUGAACACCAUUCUAAAAAGGCAUACAUUUACCACCGAACAAAUAUAA